AUGAUCUCCCACUCAAAUCUAGUCAUCAUUCUAUUCACGUUAUUAGCAUGGACAUAUGCCAGAAAAUUCACGGUGUUACGACUGAAACCCGCUACGACGGCUGACGUCGAAUUCCUUCAACAACUCCUUAUGAAGGAUGUCAAGCUUGACUUUUGGAAAUCACCGACUGAGCCUGGUCGAGAGGUGCACGUUAUGUUGGACGAUGUCGCCAAGAAAAAAACCUCAUCGAAGAGCUCGACUCACGGAACAUCACACACACUCGGUGAUGAUCGAAGAUGUGAA